AUGUCCGACUACGCCUCUUUGAAGGUCCCCGAGCUCAAGAAGCUCCUCCAGGAGAAGUCCUUGCCCGUCACAGGAAACAAGGCGGACCUUAUCGCCCGACUUCAGGAACACGACAAGUCCACAGCCGCGCCUGUUCGUGAGAACGAGGACGAAAUUGAUUAUAGCGAUGAUGAGGUCCCAGUCACAACAACAAAACCCGCAGAGCCAGCCCAACCCGCUCAAUCGGCCCAGGCUUCUGAUCCUACCCCGGCGCCUACUGAGGAGAAGGCUGCUGAGACCGUUGAACCUGUGAAGGAUACAUCCGACCCUACUCCAGCCACAGACAAGCCAGCUGAGGUUGCCGCUGAAGAGCCAGCUAGCACUGAAGCCCCAAAGGCCGACUUCUCUGCGCAUCUACCCGCGAGCAGUGCUGAUGAAGAAGCGCGCAAACGCGCCGAACGCGCCAAGCGAUUCGGAAUUGUCGAGAACGACGAGAUCAAGAAGAAGGUCACGCGCGCUGAGCGAUUUGGCGUGGAUGAGGCUACUCUAGUGUCGGGACUUGAUGCCGCCUUACCUGAGAAGAGACCACCCAAGCGAGGCCGAGAGGGAAGCAACGCCGAUGCCGCCGAUCGCGGUGCGAAGCGACAGAACAAUGGUGGACGACAGAGGGGUAGGGGUCGCCGACACCAGGGCGGAGGCGGCAGACCUGGUGGUGCGCCAAGAAACGAGGGCAGGAAUGAGGGAAGGAACGAGAGCAAAUCGAACGGCGGAAAGGGCAGACCCAGCUUCGUAAACGACCCAACCGAGAAAGCAAAGGCUGAGGCGCGCGCAAAGCGAUUCGGCGGUGGCUCGUGA